AUGGCUGAAUUUUUUUGGCUUCCGGUUUGUGUUUUAGUCGUAUGCGCGGCAGUGCCUUUAGACAAACGAGGCAUCGUGGGAACUAACAAGACUCAUUUAUUAGGAAAAGAGGAACUACCAGUCGAACUUUUCAACAUUCAUAGCGAUAAAAGUCAACUAGAGUAUUUAGAAGCUUCAUCGGCGCCAUUUCUGAAUUCAAGAAAAAAUCGUGCGCAUGGGCAAGACAACGAGAAGUUACCGGUCCAGUUUGCCGGAAGUUUGAAAAACUUUAGCGAGAUGAGCAAGAGCACACGAAAACUACACAGUCAUGUGCAUACCGUUUUCCAGCAGUUUAAAAACAAGAGCGUUGAUUUUCACUCCAAGUCGUUUAUUUCUGAAAUGAAAGCGUUUCUAUCGGAAAAACAAUAUAUGUAUAGCGGUGUUUAUCCCGUAGAAGGAGCGACCAAAUCUAACUACCGUCUUUACGUGAAGGGGAAAAAAUCUGGACACGUUGAUAUAGAGCGCGUGACGUCACCGAGAAAAAUAAACAAACAAACUCCACAAAAACAAUCGGGGAAUUCCACCACAGUGGAGGCGGUGUCAGUAGAAUCUUUGGGGGAGGUGGAUAAAUCUGAGGAAGUCGUGACGUCAUGCCAACACGUGCUCGGCUACCACGACAUCCGGUGGCUCUCCAUGGUGGUCGACUGCCCUUCCGGUUGGCCGGACGAUCACGUGAGCCGCCAGUGCGAGGCGUGGAAAGACCUGACCAUGACGUCACUGGAUAUCGUCCCGCUGCUUCCGGUUCAAAACGAAACCGGAACGGUGUUCGCCAACGUCUUCUGCGCCAUGUGCCACAAGGUCGAGGUUAUCCUGCCCUGGACGACCAAGUUCAUCUGCGAGACUUUACAAGCGUCCAGUUUCAUUGCAGUCCAAUCCCUGGCUAACAUUUCCUUCCUCAACACCUUCUUGAAGUCCUCCCAAUGCACCAAGGCCGUCGUGCCCUCGCUGCCGGAAGCGAUCGCGCCGUGCAAGGUGCACUCCGCGGAGAAAUUCUUCAGCACGCGCCGGUGCACCACGGCAUCCUGCGACACCAGUACUUCGGAUUUUCCCGUUUCUUUUAACGUCCUCAUGAAUUUUGAUUUCACGGGCGACACACACCUGCUGUUUAGCGCCGCCCCCAAAGUGCUACAGGAGUACGUGCCUAGAUGUCGAGAAUGGGAGACCUAUGACCUCUACAGUCAGACCUGUCGUCCCAUCAGUAGCAAGACCUUCACCUCACCAACAGAGAACAUCCACACAAUCGAACAGCUAAGAAAUGUCGGCCAGACGGCUUUAGUAUCUCUACAGCUAAACAUCAACUUUGGAGACUAUUUGUACCUGCUGUUUCAAGACAUGGACAGCAUCUUAGAGAAGCAGGUGGCAGACAAUCUGAACAUCAGCGUUGACCGCAUCAAGGACGUCAACGUGACCUUCGAAGUCGGGUCAUCCAACGACCUUCAACUCAAGGUCACGACCUUGACAGACGAGCAGUACGACCAGCUGUUCCCGCCCUUGGUCGACGAGCAGGGGGCGACGACUCAUCCGCCGCCAGACCCGAUAACUCGUCCACCCAAGGGAUAUAACCGAGUAAAUUCUCUCAAAAACGGGGCUGUUCCUAACAUUGGUGAUAAAAGCUCAACGAAAGAUAAAGAUUCGAAUAGGACUGUUAACAAACAACAUGCGUCUAACAACGCUGAUAAUAAAACACCCGGCAAUAAUAGAGAUAACCAUGAACCCAAAGUGGACCUUGUCUUCAUGUUGAAAAACAUCACCGCUCAGCUUCGCGCCAUUGAUGAGGACAUUAAAAAAUACAACAACAGCCAGCUCACGCCUCAAACUAUAGGCGCCAUCAAAGCGCUUAGGUACGCUUUCAGACGACAGAAAACGCUAAUGAAAUACCUACAGUUUGCCUACAAAGGUGAUUUCAAUUCAACGGGGCGCUACGGGCUUAAAAGUUUCCGAAAAAUGUAUCAUAAACCUCCGCGUCAGCAGAACGUGACGCAUCUUUUAAACGGAUUGGACGCUGCUUACGUCACAGAAAACGGUACGACUUUUUUGUACGUCACAGAGCCAGUCAACAACAGAAGUGACCGGAUUAUGAUCCAGGCGCAUGACCUUGCGACCGCCGCCCUCAUGACCGGGGUCGAGGUCGUGAACUACUUGUUGAACCAGAGCUUGACCAUGCGCGUGAAGUUCGUGCUCGUCCCGCCCCACGACUCGCACGAGCUGGGUACUCACACCCUCCUGCAGAAAAUCAACGAGAUGAUUGAUGACAAGACCUUCUCGAUCAAGGUCAACGGAAACAACAUUGACGUCAUCAGCGGAAACGACACGAACGAUCCGGUGGCGGAUGCGUCGAGUUUCUGCCGCUGGGGGAUCGAGUACAUGGUGUACGACGACGACUUCACCAUGUUAGAGACCAACAACACCACCAUGUUGUACAUCAACAAAACAAACUCCUACAUCGGCGUCGGGUUGUUCGACCUCUUCAUCAUGCUCACCGGAAGUCAAAACUCGGAGCAGACGAAUUUAACGGAUUUAUCCAAAUACGCAUUCGUCUGCUUCAUGCCACGAAUCGUGAAUUCAAAUUGCUCAAGGAUUGAAAUAGAUCGAAGCGAAUAUACAAUCGAACUAACGAAUCGAUCGAUUAUCUUUGAAGAGAAAAUGUACGACGUGUUUUCUUAUGUGGUGGUGAAUGAAACAACUGGGAAAAUCGCAAUAUGCGUUCCGGAGUCGUUUGCAAACCAGCAGACGUUUCUACCGCGGACGGUUACAGUGUACGGCGGGUGUAGUCACGACUUUGAUAAGGCUUUAGAGGCGGAGGGAUAUCUAACAAUGGUGCUGGGCCGUCUUUCGAUUUUCUGCCUCGCUUGUGUUUUAGUGACGUACUGCCUGUUCCCGAAGUUACGUAACCUUCCAGGGGUCAACACCAUGAACUUGACCUUAGCUCUCCUAGCCGCGGAGAUUAUUUUCGCAGAAGGUAUCGCCGUGAAGACGGAUUGGCUAUGCUCGGCUGUGGCCGUUAGCCUGCAUUACUUUUUCUUAGCGGCUCAUUUUUGGAUGAACGUGACGAGCUAUGACGUUUACAAAACAUUCGCAAACAGGAUGUACAUCACGCUUGUGCGAGACAAGCAACGUUACGUGCCUCGCUACGCCAUCUUCGCCUGGGGAUUCCCGUUUGUUAUUGUGUCUGUCUGCGUGUUUCUCGAGUUCUCUAAUUUACUUGAUGACGUGUCUAUAGGGUACGGCAGCGUUCGGGAAAAGCAGAAAAACCUCAGUGAUUUUGAGUACGUCGAUACAGAAUUCGGCACCUACCCGAUCAAAUCUAUUCUAAACAUGACAGGAGACAUGAAAGUAGGUCAGUCACAAAAUGGCGUCUGUUGGAUCAACCAGCCCUUAGCGGCAUUCCUGGCUUUCGGAGCCCCCAUCCUUAUUAUAUUCUUCACAAAUUCGAUAUUUUUUGCUAAAACAAUACUAGGUAUCUCGCGAAUUUCUCGCAUGACCAAACGGAGCCUCAGCUCCCGCCAUUCUAAUUCCUCUGCGCAGAAGCUUUCUGCGCGCUCUGACGUCAUGCUUUAUCUGCGCAUGUCCACGGUGAUGGGUUUCACUUGGAUAUUCGGCCUUAGUUCGUCCAUCGUCAGUUCUUUCGCCAAGCCAGUGACGUAUGAACUAUGCGUGGUAACUCAUAUACUGGCUAUAUUGUUCACAAUUUUCAACGCUUCACAAGGGGCGUUUAUUUUCUUUGCUUUUGUCUUCAAUCGAAGAGUUUUCGCCCUUUACUGUGGGUUGUUCUUCAGAAUCAAACGAUUUAUACUUCGUGAAGAUCCGAGUGAAAGGCUAUCUUCUGUAUCCACUGUGGGUUCAAGAAACAAUCUGUACGCCUAUAAUAACCGAUAACUCUUGCAACCAGUUGUAACCUAAUCAAAUACACGGUUAUCGCCCUUAGACCACUUUCAAAAUAAACAAGUUUUGGUGCUGUGAUUU